UCUUCUCAACACUAAACCAAUGUCUGCGUUGUUCAACUUCCAGUCUCUCUUGCAGGUGAUUCUCCUUUUAAUAUGUACGUGUACUUACGUCCACGCCACUUGGCCCAGUAUCUUAGAUAGAAACAAAACAGGAGUGUUUGGGGUGUUUUGGAAGUUUGCCCGAGUCGGUGAACGGUUGAGCCCGUACGUCAGUCUCGGGUUGGUGGUGAUGGCCGUGAAACAGGUCUGGACAUGAAAUCGGCUGGCGGUAUAUGCCUUGUACACUAUUAUAUUUAGUACCCGUGAAAGCAUUGGAUAAAUCUAUACAUUCCUAACUACUAAAUGCACAUUACGGAUGUCGA